AUGGAGAGGGUGGGGGCCAAAAACCUGUUAAAAAGCCUACAGGGUAGUUAUCUGAGGGCUGUGACAGGGACCAUGAGAACCACCCCGACGGAGGCGCUGGAAAUAGCUCUCUGCUACUCACCUCUCGGUCAGCUGAUAAAAUAUCAAGCCAGGAGAACGGCUUAUAGACUUAGAUGUCAGGGGGAAUGGAAAGAUACCUGUCUAGGACACACUAGACUGGGACUUUCUCAGAAGUACCCCUUCAUGUUAAAACAGGAUAGAAUUCCAAGAAAACAUCAGUUGGGGAAGAAAUUUAAAGUUUUAAUACCAACUAGGGACGACUGGAACAAUUCUAAAUUACUAGCUGAUCCAAAAGUGGAUCUUUGGUUCACAGACGGAUCGGGUGCAAAUGGUCGGUAUGGGGUAGGAAUCUAUAGGCCGAAAAGAAACCAUAGAAAAAGCAUACCUCUGGGCGGGCUGGCCACGGUCUUUCAAGCCGAGGUGAUGGCCAUCCUGAGGUGUGCGGAAAUUCUUGUUGUAAACGAUAGUGCAAACCAGCACUUUUACAUAUACUCUGAUAGCAGAGCGGCCAUACAUGCCCUUGCAAAGACCACUACAGAAUCGGCUGUAGUUUGGGACUGCAUGCAGGCAUUAGCUAGACUGAGGGAAUCUAACAAGAUAACUCUAGUAUGGGUCUCAGGACAUCAGGGAUUUCUCGGGAACGAGAUAGCCGGCGAGUUGGCCAAGCUGGGGACCCAAAUGGACCCAGCCACGCAGAUCGUUAGAAUACUUUUUGUAACGGGAAUCAACAUCAUCAGAGGAUGGCUUGAGCGAGAGCACGUUGGCUUCUGGAGAACGAUGGGGGGGCUGCCGGACAGCUAA